UCAUUGCUACUAAAUCUGUGCAUCAUAGCUAGUAUAAAAGUUAUAUUAUUAUACUAAGAGUUGCAGGAUUUCCAAAUAUUUCUAAUUCGAAUAAAUUGUCUCGUUUAUUUUAAAUCUCUAUUUGAGUUAACAUAAAACGGCGAAAAAACGACCAAACAGUCCUAUUAUAUUAUGUUUGCCGUAAACACUCGCCGCUUAUUACGUUUAGGUACAAAAGUUUUUGUACGAGAAAUUAGGCAAAGGAGGUUACCUGGACCAAACCCUGGUUUAGAUAAUCGAUUAGAAGAAUUUAGAAAAGGUGGUAUCAAGGUUACGGAUGAUGAUGCUGAAGAAUUUAUUGAGAAAUCAGACAGUACCUUUUUUGAUGUGGGUCAAGCAUACAAUGAACAUUUUAACGAGACCUUGAUUGGAAAAUAUAAAUUAAGACAUCAAAUUGUAAAGGAAAGAUAUUUCAAAGAGAACAUGCCAAACUUGUUAACCUGGAGUGAAAAAGAACAGAUUCGACAUUUAGCUACCACUAUGCCUGAUGAAUGGACUCCGCAAAAAAUAGCUGAAAGCUUCCCAGUUACAGAAGCUGUUGUUAAGAAACUACUCAAAUUUCCAUGGAAACCAGCCACAGAGCAAAGAAUUUCUAGACAUGAUGCUUCCGCGAUGAGGAAUUGGAGAGAACUAAAGGAGGGUACUCUAGAUAUACCUGAAAACUUAAGGCAACAUUUUCUUAAAUUCUCCGAAAGGACAAUACCACCCUUGAAAAAAUCUAGUAUUAAAAUUGAUGUGACUCAAGAGGAGAAAAUGGGCGAGUUUGAGAGAAUUAUUAAAAAAUGUGCCUCUGAAGGCCACAGUGAAAAUGAAAAUCUAACGGAAAACGAGACUAAUGUUCAUAAUAACACAGAAAAAGUAAAGAAAGAUAACAAAAAGCUCACUUUAGAUGAAUUAAGUAGUAAAAUUAAAAGUAGAUUAGAGAAAGGGAAAAAUGUUGAUCUACCCGAUCAACUUAUUAUUAGCUCAGUGUCAGAUGUUUCCAAGGCAAAACCUAAUAUAAGCCAGGACAUAGAACUAAGUAAUAUUGAUGAAAGUAAAUUAAGUGAGGUGACAGAUUUCAAAGAGGACUCAAAGAAGUUAGAAGUUUUAUCUGGCACCAAUUAUCCUGAAAGGAUAAGAAUUCCUAAAAAAGCCUACAAAAAAAAUGCUACUUUUAAGGUUAAUGACUGUUUCUACGAUCAUGAUGGAAGAUUUUUGUAUAGAGUUAUAGGAAUGACUGAAAAUUAAAACUAAGGAAAUAAUACAAUUAUUUAGAAGCUUGUUUUUAUAUAAAAUUAUAUGCCUUUAUUACAUUGUCCUUUAUGAUAAAAUAGAACAAGUCAAAUACUAAAUGCUAAGAUCAAAUUAUUGCAUGUCUUUUAUAUAACUAUGCGGUAUAUCUAUUCUUACAUAGAUGUGUGAUUACAUCGUUACAAAAAUACAUUUGUUACAUAUUUGUACAGAAUAAUGAACAUAAUAUGGCUUUAAGACAUCACAUCUGUUUCUAAAUAAAAUAAACUCUUCUAGGACAAACUGAAUAAAAUAGGAAUUUACUUACACACAAAAUGUGAUAUAAAUUGAUAUUUUCAACAAUAUUUAAAUUAAUGCUGAUAAGUAUUGGGAAAAGUGAAUUAGGUAUACAGAAAUCUAGUACAAAGUUCACUAAAGAGUCUGUGUAUCUGAUACAUAUGUAAAACACGAUUUGAGCCAACCACUAAGAUUGUCGGAAAGGUUUUAAACUAAAAUUUAAUAAAUGGUUUUAAAUAUG